UUCAAAGACAAAAAAAAAAAAUUAAAUUCUACCCCAUACCGUUUGAUCAAGUCGAUGGUGGACUUUAAGAAAUUUAGCGCAUUAUCUCCGGCACAGAGUUGUGUAAAAGAAAAAGAAAAAAAAACACACUUCAUCCACAGCGAUGGGUUUUAUAUUCUCCGGUCCGUGGUGGUUUACUUACUUGUUGGUCCUUGUACUUGCUUGUUUCGAUGUUGUUGAUUCAAAGCCUUUUCUUGUUUCAAGAAGCGCAAGUCUCGUUUCUCCUGGCGGUGUCUUCGAGCUCGGAUUCUUCAGUUGUGGUGGUGAUGGUUGGUAUUUCGGGAUAUGGUACAAGAAAAUCCCUAAGCGAAUGAGAACCUACGUAUGGGUUGGGAAUCGAGACAAACCUGUCUACAACUCUAACGCCACUCUUGAAAUCUCUGGUGCUAACCUUGUUCUCCGUGAUAAUAUACGCAUCAUCUGGGAUACUCAAAGAAAAAAGGAAAGAUCUCCGAAGCUAGUGGCAGAGCUCAUGGCUAACGGAAAUUUGGUGCUGAGAUACUCGCAAAGCAUGGAUCCAAGAGACUACUUGUGGCAAAGCUUCGAUAAUCCAACAGACACGUUACUCCCAGGUAUGAAACUCAUAUCCUCCAAGGUCCCAAAUUAUGCAUCUCGUCGAUAUUUGACAAGCUGGAAGGCAAGCAAUGAUCCAGCAAAAGGAGACUACAUUUUUGGACUCAACGGCGAUAAAUUCCCUAGGCUUUUCAUUUCACGGGGGGAGGAUGUUACCAAAGUGUACCGAAGCGGUGGUUGGAAUGGAGUCCAAUUCGCUGACCUACCUAUGGUCUUCAGUUCAACCAAUCAAGAUGGUGUCACUUUUCUGUAUCAAGACAACGACCUUUACUCCAUAGUCACAUUGACAUCCGAAGGACAAUUGCAAUGGAAAUCAUGGAGUCAAACAUCACAUAAAUGGAUCUUGCGAUGGACUGCACCAAAUAGUGGUUGCGAUCGUUAUAACUAUUGCGGCAGCAACAAUUAUUGCGAUGCAGACAUGUGUAAGUGCAUCAGUGGGUUUAAGUAG